GGUCGUGAAUCUUCGGAAAAAAAAGAGAUUAAUAAGAAAUGAAAGCAGAAAAAGAGAAACAAAAGGGUAAAACAAAAGGGAGCAAACCAGCGGCAAGUUGCGGUACCUACAACCUCCGCUUCCUCCCCGCCGGUGGUAAUUUUCCAGCGAAGCUCAAGCAUAAGUUGGUCUCUGAAAUAUUGAGUUCAAGGUAAACUUAUGUAGCUGUUUUUUGGUGAUUCUUCUAGCAUCUAUUGUGCUUGAUAAAUGGCUUUAAAGCUUAUUCAAAGAGGAAUCCAUGAAGCUGAAAACCCAAUUGAAGUGUCUCUUAGAGAAGCUUUUGAGCUUCGUAAACCCCAGCUAACCCCCCCAUUUUCCUUAAAAGUCCUAACACAAGAGGAAUACUCAAAAAUUAAUAAAGCUUUAAUCUUUGGCAUUUUAUCCCAACCCCAUUUGGCUAAAGUUCAUAUUAAGCACCUGCAUGCAAUUAUUACUGAUGGGUAUGGUUUCUUUACUUGUAUUCUUGUCAAUAUUGUUGAUGAAUUGUAUCCAAAGUUGCUUGACUCAGUGAAAAUUCAGCUUAUAUGGGUUACUAAAGAGAUGUUAAAUGUAUUGGCUAUAGGUUUUGAUAAAUUGCUAGUGGCUAUUUUAAGGCAAAUUGUUGGUGGAGAUUUUAGGGAGGGCAAUUUGUGGUUGUGUUUGGAAAUGGUUACCUUGUUUUUAGCCAAUUGGGAUUGUUUAUUAGAGGAAGAACCAUUGGUCUUGAAUAAGGGGUUGUAUGUGUUCCUUCGGUUAUUGACCGAUCAUUAUAGGGUACCAAGUAAUCCAAUGAUAGACGCAUUGAAGAGAAUGGAGGUUGAAUUUUGCAUUCGACUUUUGAGGGAACACUUCCCUUUGUGUUUGAAGAUAGGGAGGGACUUAAUUAGGCUUUUGCAAGACUUGGUUCAUAUACCUGAGUUUAAAGCCAUAUGGAAAGACUUGUUAUUGAAUCCAAGACAGUUUAGGGCGGACGAAUUUGAAGAUAUCUCACAAAUUUACCGCAUAAGAACUCCGGGUUUGUACUUUUUGCUUCGAAUAACUCCUGAAAUGGAAACCAAAUUGAGGUUUUUGCUUACACAUGUCAAGUUGGGUAGUCAAAAGAGGUACCAGGUUUGGUUUGCUAAGAAGUUCCUUGGAGUACCCGAGAGAGAAACCAUUUUAACUGACAUUGUUAGGUUUAUAUGCUGUUCAGUUCGUCCAUCCAGUGAAAUUACGGAACCGGACAUCUUACCCAGAUGGGCUGUGAUUGGUUGGCUAUUGAAGUCGUGCAGGAAGAGUUAUAUCGAAGCAAAUGUAAAGCUUGCAUUGUUUUAUGAUUGGCUUUUCUUUGAUGAAACCACCGAUAAUGUAAUGAACAUUGAACCUGCAAUUCUUUUAAUGGUGAACUCUAUACCAAAGUAUAUUGAAGUCACCCAUACUCUUCUUGAGUUCCUACUAAUUGUGGUUGACAACUAUGAUAUUGAGAGGAAGGAGAUUAUCUCCAGAGGGGCGUCAACGGCUCUUUCUAUGAUUGUUGAAAAUGGAAUUAUUGGUUCACUUGAUGUUUUGACUCGAUGUGACAUGAUAUCACCCGUCCUUAGGGAAAUGCUUGGAAAAAUGUUAUUGGUCAUGCAAAGUAGCCAUUCCAAAAAGUUAAGAUCAGCCAGUGUUAUCCAUGACAUAUCACCACCCAUACAUUUGCUUCCAUCAAGCUUGGGAUCUCAACACCCUAACAGGGUAAGCUGAAAUAAAUUGCGUGUCGUCACAGGCAUACUCAGGGCGGACCUGCUAAUGCAUCUCUUUCGCCUCCUGAAGAAUUGCUUGUGAACCUUUUCUUUCAAUAGGUGAUAAAGUUCCACUCAAGUGGAUGACUGCAAGGAAAAGUUUGAAAUCAAGGUGAUAGGAGGUUUCUCUGGGUAAUACUCGGAUAUCCUAAGAUGUAUAUUCCCCGUCAUGUUGCUAAAAGUUUGCUUUUGGUCUUAAGUACUGCACAUUCCUCUCAUUAUUAUGUUUUUAUCCGAUAUUCUCUAUUCUCAGAAUAGCUUGUUUUUGUCAGCCGCUCUGCAUUCUGCAGUUGUCAAAUUACUUAGACCACAGGGAUUAGCAUCUUCAACAACUCUUAGUUCACAUCCUAAAUGAUAAUUGUAAGUUGUGAUAAGAUUUGGUCAUCUAAUCCGUGUGAGAGGUGAUCACUAGUUUUGAAUUGUGCAAUGCGGUUGGACAGGAUAUGGUUAUCCCCACCCAAACUUUACCAUGCCAUCCCUAUGUAUAUACUCCACAAUUUUUUUACCCUCUUCCAGGUAAGUCUUAACCCUGGCGACACUGUAUUUGCACCUACCUCAGCUGUGGGGAACUUGAGUUAAGAAAACAACAUUUCUUGGUUUUAUUCUUUCUGUGCUAGUGACUUGGCCAUCAAAAAGGGUUGAAAACAGCACCUCCUUUGAUGAACUUAUUCGCUCAAGUCUCAGCCUCUUUUAUAGUGAGUGGUGCUAUCGAGAAUGGGAAGUGGAGAUGACCUGAUAGAAGAAGAAUAGAGGUUAAACUACUCCGUUAAAUUCUCUUGUUUGCUUUAUGCCUAAAGCCAAUCGUAUAGAUCAAGUAAGAUGGAAGCUUGAAUGAAAAGGUUGUUUUACUAUCUGAAGUGUGUAUAAAAUUUGCAGGCAUAAUGCAUUAGCAGGUGUAUUGACAUUUUCUAUGGUAUAAACUGCAAUCAGAGAGUUCUUUGGUGCCUUUUCAUCUUACGGUUGGCUUGUAAAGGAGAUUGUAAGUUCUGCAACAUCAUCGAUCUUGAGACAUAGUAUAUCAAUUUCAUGUUUUUAUUGAAGGAUGAAUAUAUCUAAUCAAAUGGUUCUUACUUUCAUCUUAUGGUUGGCUAGCCAAAGAAGAUCGUAAACUCUGCAACGUCUGUGAGUGUAUGGACCAUUUUGUCUCUCAACUUGUCUAAAACACUAAAUUAGUAACCGUGUAGGCAAUUUCAGAUAUACUUAGGCAAUUUUCCCCAACUAAGCUUAAGCUUUAGAUUAGUGGUGGUAACCAGAACAAAUAAAAAUAUUAGAUUCUUUAAGUUACUUGGAAGGAUUGCUCAAUCGCCUAAGUAAUGGUAAAGUUAAUUUCAUCGCAUUUGAAUAAAUAUGGAAAAGCGAUCUUAAACGAUUUUACUAUAUAUUAGAAGCAGCACUUUGGGUGUACGAACAGUCGAACACUGCAUUCAUAAUUUGUACAAAAGGCACUGUAAAUCGUACUCUAUAUUUAGGCUUACUUCAUUAGUAAGUUAACACGUGUACAUCUGUAUUUUACCACAUGUACUUCAGUUCACUAUUUCAGAUAUCUCUUCACUCCCCUAAUUGUCACAUUCACGGCUCUCUGCAAUUUUCCUCUUCCUUGGCUACUUCAAGAGGUUUGAGUUUUCUCCUUUUUUUUUUUUUGUUUUUUUUUUUUAAUUUCAUGGAUUCUGUCUCUUUCUAAUUUUAUCACUUGCUUGAUACUGAUCUUCUAGCCUCUGUUGUGUUUAUUUUUAUAUUCUUUUGAAUAAUUUCUUGCUAGAUCUACAUACAUGUCUGAAGUUCUCUCUGAUUUUGAUAAGCAUGUUUGGAAACAAAUACUUAGGUGCGUGUUUUUUGUUUCUAAUUUUGGUUGUGUAACGUUGUUUUUAGUGUGCAAAUUUUAUUAUUUGAAGUUGCCGAUUGAAGGUGAAUUCAAAAAGUUUGUUUUUCUGAUUUUCUUUAGAUUUGCUUUCUUCGUUCUUAGAAAAGUGGAUCUGAAGCAGUGAGAUGCUUCUGUUCUCCAGUUUUGUUCUCUCUCUUGUGAGUUUUAUGUAAUAUGUGAUUCCUAUAAAUGACUCUCACUAUUACUAUACAGUUGUAGAGUGAUGCACCUAAGGUGUUUGAUAAGGAAAUCUUUUGCGAGGCACUAUUUGGUUCUUGAACUCUUCACUAUUUCAAUGUAUUUCAUGCAUUGCAACAGACAUGGGGGUGGUCUUCUGUUUUGAAACCAUUACAAGCUUGAACCAAUUACCUGAGCGAGAAAAAAAUCAUCGGCGAAUUUGAGAGGAGCUGGCUCAAUGAACAGGAAAACUACUAUCAAUUGAUAGUAUUGAUGAUAAUAGUGAAGAUAUAUUAAAGAGACGACUCGUUAAUACUUGUGGAACCUGAUUGUAUUUGAUGGUCAUACUUGAAUACUCGUGGAAAGUUCAUGCUACUCCUCAACAGACAAGCAGUUGAUUCGAUGUGCUUAAUCCACCGAUUUAUUGUUUGAGAAAUUUGAGAAGCCUAAAAUAUCAGGUUGGUAAUUUGAAGGCAACUGAUUCUUUAUGUUUUCUCCCUCGAUUGGGACUGUCUAAAAGGUAAAAAAUGAUGCUCACUUUGCACUUGAAACAUGUCAGCAAGCUGCGACGCUCAGGAUUAUCAUGAUAAGAAGUUGCUAUUGCCUCCUCAGAUCUAUUGCAUCAGGUUGAUUACAUCGGACUUAGAACCUCAAGAGUACUAAUAUUCUGAAGAUGUAGUUGGAAAACAAGUGGACUUCUGCUAAGGAGUUCGCUAACGUUGAAAUUUUCGUUGUUUGAUAAAUGGAGUAUAACUUUUCCACAAAAAUGAUGUAUAAGCUUGUUAGCUUUCUUUGGGACUCGCCAAAACGCCUCGAGGCUCACGUGUGGGGUUUAGUUCUGUGAGGCUUAUGUCCCAAGCGCCCGACUGUGUGUCCGACUGUGUGUCCGAAGUAUGCCUAAUGCUCAACGCUUGUGGCUCACCUAAUAGUUCCUAAUUUCCGACUGUGUGUCCGAAGUAUGCCUAAUGCUCAACGCUUGUGGCUCA